AUUUCUUCCUUCGUCUUCAUCUUCAUCUUCUUCAUCUAAGAUCAGAAUCAACGGCGAGUUGUUUUUCUUUUUAAACAAACUUCACUUUAGUAGUUGCUUUUUCUUCGUCGUUCCAACCUCCACUCCACAACAGAAUUCAAAAUAAGCUGCUAAGUGGAGGAAAGAGAUGGACAUCAAUCCACAACAGAAUUCAGAAUCUGCUACGGAUUAUGAAAGAGCAAAAUCGUUGAAGGCCUUUGAUGACGCAAAAGCCGGUGUUAAAGGACUUGUUGAUGCCGGCAUUUCAACUAUACCUCCUUUCUUUGUCAUGCCACCAGAAGACCUAUCAUCGUCCCAGAGGCCAGGGGAUUUGGGAUUUCCCCGGUUCAAGGUUCCGACAAUAGACCUCAAACACACUCAUGGAGAUUUUCUAUGGCGAAAGCAAAUCGUAGAGGAAAUCAGAUGUGCUUGUGAGACAUGGGGAUUCUUCCAGGUUGUGAACCAUGGGAUUCCACAAGACAUAAUGGACCAAAUGCUCGAAGGCGUUCGAAGAUUCAACGAGCAGUCAAAUGAAGCGAAGAUGGAGAUCUACUCACGCGAUAAGAUGAAAAAAGUGCGGUUCAAUAGCAACUUUGAUCUGUACAAGGCCAAAGCUGCAAAUUGGAGGGACACUUUGUUGUGUGCCAUGGCUCCCAAUCCACCACAGCCUGAAGAAUAUCCAGCAGCCUGCAGAGACAUAAUGAAGCAGUACUCUGAACACGUUGAGAAGUUGGGAGAAAUUCUGUAUCAGUUGAUAUCACAAGCACUUGAACUUGAUCCCAAUCACCUAGAAGAUAUGGGGUGUGCGAAAGGGCAUGUCUUUUUCUGUCACUACUAUCCGGCAUGUCCUGAACCCGAUCGGACCUUGGGACAUGCUAAACAUACAGAUCCGUCUUUUCUCACUAUACUUUUACAAGAUCACAUUGGUGGCCUUCAAGUUCUGCACCAAAAUCGCUGGGUUGAUGUCCCUCCAGUGAGAGGUGCUCUUGUGAUUAACAUUGGAGACCUCUUACAACUCAUCUCUAAUGACAAAUUCAAAAGCAUUGAGCACAGAGUGCUGGCUAAAUCCGCCGGUCCAAGAAUAUCUGCUGCGUGCUUUUUCACGACACAUUUUCAAGAAUCUGACAAGCUUUACGGUCCUAUCAAAGAGUUGCUGAAAGAUGAUAAUCCACCUUUGUACAAGGAGACCUACGUCAAGGACUACAUCGACUCUUUCCAUUCAGCAGGACUUGGCGGAAUUUCUGCCCUUGCUCAGUUGAGGUUGUGAUAGCAGAAGAAACGUAAAAGCAAACAGUCGUAGAAACGUGGCCUAAGAAUCUUUUGAUAUAUCAACACGAAAUAAGGGAUUCGAAUAAUAAUCCGACAAGGCUUGCUUCU